AUGUUCUCCUCAUUCGCGAAUCAAAACAUCUUGUUGCUAACACCAUUAUUUUUCCAUAUUGGUAUUGUCACCGCAUUCUGGAUAGCCGUCUACCCGACCACAUUUCUCUUCACGGAAUCGCUCACUGCUUAUAAUUAUUUGCCGGCUUAUUAUAGUGCUUUUGCUGGGAUUGGAGAAAUAGUUAUGGGUGUCGUACUCACCCUUGCCUGUCGAAGAGUAAAAGAUUUUGGGCUCUCACCUUCUAUGCUCUUAUCGACGGUGUUAACUUUACUUGCCCUCGCCACUCUAACAGCAUCGGUUCCCGAAUGGUCGACAGUUGCGCCAACCAAAGAUUCGCCAUGGCUGGUGCAACCAAGUAUAUGGAUAAUCUUUCUGGUAGCUGCUCUUUUUGGUGCGAUCGAUUCGGCCACGAACACCGUUCGAAAUGUUGCCUGCGCACUGGCCAUGCCUGAGGCUCGAGCGCAGGCCUUUGCCAUCUCGAAAUUUUAUCAG